AUGGUUUUUGUCCCCAAAGGCAGAGGUGUCCCCGUGUUACUGACACACACACACACACAUGCGUCCUGGCAGGUCCUGAAGGUCCUGGCAGAUCCUGAAGGUCCUGAAGGUCCUGGCAGGUCCUGGCAGGUCCUGAAGGUCCUGGCAGGUCCUGGAACAUGUGGUGGUGUUAAUAAGUGUAAUAAGUGUGUGUUUGUUGUCCAGCUGGCUCAGAGUGUGAUCGAACUCAACAACCAGAUUCAACAGAAGGACAAAGAGAUCCAGAACAACGAGGCCAGGAUGUGUGAGUACCAGCAGCAGAUCUCAAGUCUGGAGGGAGACUGUCGGGAGCUGAGGAGCUUCCUGCAGGACCUGGAGAGGGCCAACCAAACCCUGAAGGACGAGUACGACGCUCUCCAGAUCACCUUCUCUGCUCUGGAGGAGAAACUGAGGAAGACCAGCGAAGACAACCAGGAGCUGGUGUCCCGCUGGAUGGCUGAGAAGGCUCAGGAGGCCAACAAGCUGAACGCAGAGAACGAGAAGGACAGCAGACGCAGACAGGCCAAACUGCAGAAGGAACUGGCGGACGCAGCCAAAGAGCCUCUCCCCAUCGACCCGGACGACGACAUCGAGGUUCUGGCGGAGGACGGAGGGAAGGGGGGCGGAGAGACCUCCCCCAACAGAGCGCUCAGCAGAACUCCCAGUAAGAAGAUGUCUCAGCCUCCUCCUGGCGGUCUGCUGGACUCCAUCUCCAACAUAUUCGGCAGCCGUCGACCUGCCAACUCUUUCAGCUCUUCACCUGAAAACACAGAAGCCCCUUCAGGAGUGUGUGCUGAGGUUCGAGUCCCCUCAACGGCUCUGCACGUGUUUGAAGCCCAUGACGGCGAGGUGAACGCAGUGAGGUUCAGCCCUGGCUCUCGUCUCCUAGCAACAGGAGGGAUGGACCGCAGGGUGAAGCUUUGGGAGGUCGUGGCCGGUCGCUGUGAGCCUAAAGGAGCUCUGACCGGCAGCAAUGCAGGAAUCACCAGCAUCGAGUUCGACAGCGCUGGCUCGUACCUGCUGGCGGCCUCUAAUGACUUCGCCAGUCGGAUCUGGACCGUAGACGACUACAGACUGAGACACACCUUGACAGGUCACAGUGGGAAGGUGCUGUCAGCUCGCUUCCUAUUGGACAACGCUCGGAUCGUCUCCGGCAGCUACGAUCGAACACUCAAACUUUGGGACCUCCGCAGCAAAGUCUGUAUGAAGACGGUGUUUGCUGGGUCCAGCUGUAAUGACAUUGUGUGCACGGAGCAGUGCGUCAUGAGUGGACACUUUGACAAGAAAGUUAGAUUCUGGGACAUCAGAGCGGAGAGUAUAGUCCAGGAGCUGGAGCUGCUGGGCAGAGUGACGUCUCUGGACCUGAACCACGACCGCACCGAGCUGCUCACCUGCUCCAGAGACGACCUGGUGAAGAUCAUCGACCUGCGCACCAACGCUGUCAGACAGACCUUCAGUGCUCAGGGCUUCAAGUGUGGUGCCGACUGGACUAGAGUGACCUUCAGUCCUGACGGCAGCUACGUGGUCGGAGGAUCAGCUGAUGGAGCUCUGUAUGUCUGGAACGUCCUGACGGGGAAGGUGGACCGCACUCUGGACCGGAACCACAAGUAAGAACCAGACUGAUACCAGAACAUCUGGAACAGAC